AUGCAACCAAUUGCCCAAGCCACCAAGAAAGACAACUCCGAAAACAAGGACAACUGGAUUCACAAGGGCUACGCCUGGGACCCACAAUGUGUCAUCGUGUAG